UACGGAAUCCUAAAAACUCAAAUACAUCAAAAAUUCAAAACAAGAUCCUUCAAAAACUAAUAUUAAUGGUUUCAACAUAAUAUCAUUAUUUUUAUCUUUGGAUUUAUAGUAAUCUAAGUCUCGACACCGAAUAGUAAUUGGUUUUGAUUUUGAAAGGCUAUAAAAAGAAAUCAAAUAAAACUGCUAUAUCGUUCUAUUUUUUAUUACUGCCUUUUGGGAUCCCGUUCAGAAUAUAUACAAUCGUAUUUACUUUAUAAUCGUCGAUAUAAAAAUGCAACUAAAUUUUCAUUACUUAAAAAUGCACUGCUUAUUUAUUCUGGCUAUACUAGCAAAGUUAAGUGCAAAUAAGGCUCCUGGCCGUGGGGAUUUGAGGGUGUAUAAAGGACGGGACGACACCCAUAACGAGUUCCCGUUCAUUGUGCUUCUGGAAAAGAAGAACUCUGGGAUCAGAGCUUGUACCGGCAGCCUUAUAGCGGAAGACUGGGUCCUCACAGUAGCCCACUGCAUUGAACGUGAUGAGUUACUUGUCAUCAGAUAUGGUGAUUUUACUAAGCCAGCAAAAGAAACCACGUUGUACUCAAGCGUGAUCAAAAAAUACCUUCAUCCUUCCUACCGGCCCUACCGUUACUUCGAGCGACGAUUUCCCUUAAAUGAUAUAGGGCUAAUUUUCACUGAAGAAAUACCCAAUAAAAACCUUGCAAGACUGCUGGCGCUCGAUUAUAAAGCUUUCCUUGGGCUUCCUGUUAAAAACGCGGGUUUUGGAUUAGUAACAAAGCAUUACGACAAAAUUGAAGUGACUUCGAAAGAAGUCAGAGAAUGGCAUCUCAUUCCUUUUCAAAUUGGCGAGGGUAUUGUGGUCGAUUGUGAACCUGACUUCUAUUCCUGUUUUAUAUGUGUAGCGCCGAAGUGUUCGAACAGGAAGCAACAGAUUCGCCCGGGGGACUCCGGAGGCCCGCUGGUGUAUGACGGACGAGUCAUUGGAGUAACUUGCAAGUUUUCACAUAACACCUCUAUUUCACAUUUCAUAUAUCCCUGUAAGCCCAUAUUUAGAAUGGAUUCAAAAAACCAUGCGCUUGAAUGACGUUUAAAUAAAUUGUGAUUAUAAAGUUUCUCCAAUAACGUAAUUCCAGUGUUUUAUAUAUCACAUUAGCGAUAUUAUACCUUUAUUUAAAAAAUAUUAUUUAAAUAGUAUUUUUAGGUAGAGACGCAUUUCCUCUAGUUUUCGAUUGUCCUCAGUAGAUAUAUCAUUGCUUCUAUCGAAUCAAAACAAACUCCAUUAUUAACCUUGACGGCCCAAUAGUUUUACCUAUAGUAUUUUUAUAUUAAGUUUUAGAACUAAACAAAAUAAUUUAUAAGAAAAAAAAAACCGACUUCUAUGGGGGCCGGUGAAAGAUUAUUUUAGAUGGUGCACUAUGUAGAA